AAACGGGGCAAACAAACCAGCGAAGGAAGGAAUUACAGAUUGUUUGAGAUCAAGAAGGAUUCAGACGAUUUGUAUUUUAUAAAGUGAAGAUUUAACACUGGAGAGAACCUUAUCAGAAUAUGAAAGAAACGAAUUCCCAGGUGGACUUAGUUGAAGGAUGCAAAUUACCAGUGUUGCUGAGAAAUGGAGAUGGAUGGCAUAUGGCAGAAAUUUUGGGGAAGAAAGAUGUGAAUGGAAAAAAUCUCUACUACAUACAUUAUGAUGAUUUCAACAAGAGAUUAGAUGAAUGGGUAACGGAGGAGAGGAUGGACAUUACCAAACUUGUGCAGCCAUCCAAGGAAGCCAAGACUCCGAAGAAGGAGGGCGUGAAAACAGGAACAGGGUCAAGGCCAAGUAGUCCAGACAGAGAGGUCGUGCAAAAUGGCUCAACAGGGAACAAAAAAUUUAGCAGUGGCAGGAAAAGAAAGGGAGCUGAUGAACCUGAGAAUAUUGAGUCAACAACUCCUUCAAGUAGAAAUACAUGUAGCACACCAACUGCAAAUCAGAUAACUAUGAUCGACCCUUUAGCGACCCCCACCAGCAGUAGAAAUAACACCCCCACAUUGGGCCUCCAACAACAGAACAGUGUAGUGUUGAAUGAGGAUGGCUCGAAGAAACCCAGACAAACAGGAAGUAUGGUAGCUCACCAUGACGAUAUUGUAACCCGCAUGAAAAAUAUAGAAAUGAUUGAAUUAGGAAAAUACAGAAUUCGCCCUUGGUAUUUCUCUCCCUAUCCUCAGGAAUUAACAUCAUUAUCCAUAGUGUAUAUUUGUGAAUUUUGUCUGAAAUACGUGAAAAGUAAAAAGUGCCUGGAAAGACAUAUUCAAAAGUGCUUAGUAAGAUACCCCCCAGGGAAUGAAAUCUACAGAAAAGCGCACAUAUCAUUUUUUGAAAUUGAUGGAAGGAAAAACAAGGCAUAUGCUCAGAACCUUUGUCUCCUGGCCAAGCUAUUUUUAGAUCACAAGACCUUGUAUUACGACACAGAUCCCUUCCUGUUUUAUGUCAUGUGUGAACAAGAUGUUAAGGGUUACCAUAUAGUAGGCUAUUUCUCCAAGGAGAAGGAGUCGACGGAGGACUACAACGUGGCCUGCAUCCUGACACUGCCUCCUUACCAAAAGAAGGGAUUUGGAAAACUCCUGAUAGAAUUCAGUUAUGAGCUAUCUAAAUGUGAGGGGAAGACCGGCUCACCCGAGAAGCCUCUGUCUGACUUGGGUCUGCUGUCCUACAGGAGUUAUUGGUCGCAGACCAUAUUAGAAAUUCUCAUCAGCAUGACGCCAGCGGAGGGAAAUGACCGACCUGUCGUCACCAUCAACGACAUUUCUGAAAUGACGAGCAUCAAAAAAGAAGAUGUGAUUUCCACUCUACAGCAUCUGAAUCUCAUUAACUACUACAAGGGGCAGUACAUCAUAACACUCUCUCAUGAACAGAUCGAUACCCAGAACAAAGCCAUGGAGAAACGCAAGAUACGCAUCGACCCCAAGUGUCUCCACUGGCAGCCCAAAGACUGGAGCAAACGGGGCAAGUGGUGAGAAGUGACUUCUGAUUGGCUGAAUAUGUGAUAAACUAGUUGUGAAAAGGUGUUGAUUGGCCAGUGACUGCACAACCCUGUGUUUGUUGGUUUUGUGCUUGAGAUACAGUGCAUUACAGUUUAUUUGAAAAUUUUUGCAGAUUUUCAAACCUAUGAUUUUAAUAAUAUCUCAGUAGCUGAAAUGCUAUGUAAUUCCAAUAGCUAAGUGAUGUUCACUUGCUAAAUAAACUGACUACUAACUA